AUGCUGAAUAACAUUCCUAUCCGUGGUGGCCGAGGCUCCGUCCUCGGUUCUACAGGUGCCCAGACGACGCUGCGAGGAGUAGUCUCAACACUCACAAGUCCUACCAAGUCCUCAAGUCUAAGGGGAAACAACAAAGGAGCUACUUCGGCUAGAACAUCAAGUGGUGGAGGCGGAAAUGCUACUGCAACAACUGGCACAACAGGAACAGUAGGUGCUGGAGGAGUAGGAACUCCUGCAGCGCCAGCUCCUGUUGCCAUUGGAGCGUCGGCGAGAACUAAUAAUGCUACAACAACUGGUACAACUAGUACAGUAGGGGGAGGUGCAGCGGUAGGAGGACCUAGUAGUGGAGGAGGUAGUACAGGUGCUGGCACUUCUUCGGCUUCGGGAGCUUUUACGAGGAUAUCAGCCUCGUCGCCAGAUGGCGGAGCGAAGCGUAGGUCAGUUUCGUCUUUUAGAGGUCCUGACGACACAGGAUUUGGCACACCGAAAACACCUCGAACAAGAAACUCAAUUUUAUGUUCGGCCGAUAUGCACACUGAGUACUACACAGCUCCUGAGCUAGUACUCCAGUUCCAGUUCCACUUCUUUGGAUCUGUACGAACCUCUGCUCUUUGUCCUGCUCGUGCCUGAGUCCAUUCCUCUACAAAUCUUUUUCUUGUACCUUGAAUGUGUCCUUUCCUCAUCUUCAUUUCCCACCGACCAAGUUGAUGGCACGUCACCAGGAGGAAUCGCGGGAAAUGGAUCGAACCGUUCCGGUG